AUGUCUGAUUCGAAGAAUCUCGACAAAGUUAAAUGCAAAUUGUGUGGAAAAGAAUUUUCGGGAGGUGCUUACAGGAUAAAAGAACACAUUGCCAAAAUUCCUGGAAACGUUUAUGCUUGUCCAAGAUCAUCAAAGGAUGAUCAAGAGAAGUGCAAGACUGCUAUCGAGGAAGCAAAGAAGAAGAAGAAGAAGAAGGUAACUCUAGAUGAUGAGCUGCGGCAGACAGUUAAUGUUCAUGGCAGUGGAGAUAUGGAUGAUGUGAUUGAACUUGAAGAAAUGGGUUCAAGAAAGAUGCAAAGGACACUUGGUCCAAUGGAUAAGUUUGCAACAAACAUCAAUCCAGAAUCUAGACCUCUUCCAACUAGGCAACAAAAUAUCAAUGAUGCUCUUUGGAAAGAGAAGCUACACAAGGUUCAACAAUAUAUUGCUAGGUGGGUGUAUGCUUUAGGGGUUCAUUUCAAUACCAUAGCAAACGAUGAGUUUAAGCUAAUGGCUGAAGCUAUAGGAAAAUUUGGUCCAGGAGUCACACCACAAAGUCAACACCAACUUCGAGAGCCUUUACUUAAGGAAGAGGUUGAUAGACUUCAUGGUUUGCUGAAACCACAAGAAGAAGAGUGGAAGAAGAAUGGAUGCAAGAUUAUGACAGAUGCUUGGUCUGAUCGAAAAAGGAGAAGUAUCAUGAAUCUGUGUGUUAAUUGCAAAGGAGGUACAAUGUUUCGCUCAUCUAAAGAUAGUUCAGAUGAGGCUCAUACAGGUGGAUAUAUUUUUGAGUAUGUCAAAGGCUGCAUUGAGGAGAUUGGUGAAGAGAAUGUAGUUCAAGUGGUUACUGAUAAUGCUGCUAACAAUAUGGUUGCGGCAAGAAUGAUGAAAGAGAUCAAGCCGAGUAUAUUUUGGACAUCAUGUGCGACUCACUCCAUCAAUUUGAUGCUUGAAAGCAUAUCGAAACUCACAAGGUUCAAAGGCACAAUUCAGAUGGCGAAAGACUUCACAAUCUUCAUAUAUGCUCAUCAUAAGACAUUGGCUGUUAAAUUUUGGAAUGGGGUGAUAAUGUGCUUGAAUGUUUUUGGACCAUUGGUCAAACUGCUUCGACUUGUUGAUGGAGAUAAGAAGCCUACAAUGGUAUUUCUGCAUGGAGAACUGAUAGAAGCAAAGAAACAGAUCAGUGAUGGAUUAAAACAUGUGGAAAAAAAUGUUAAGCCGAUAUUGAGUAUCAUUGAAGAAAAGAUUAAGGGUCGACUUGACAAUCCUUUGCAUCUGACAGGUUAUUUGUGGAACCCAUACUACUUCUAUAAAGAUUCAAGCCAAGCCUCCAGUGAUGAGGUAUCAAAUGCAGUCUUUAAGUGUGUCUCUGCAUUUUUCCCCAAUGAUGUCAACACACAAUGUCAAGUCAUCAACUCUGAACUGGCGAUUUACAAAAACAAAGAAGGGAACUUUGGAAAACCAUGGGCCAUCAUAGGCUGCCAGAAGGAGGAUUAUGAUCCAGUUUAUUGGUGGGAAACAUAUGGAAAUGCUUUUCCUAAUUUAGCAAAAAUGGCUAAGAGAAUUUUGGCUUUGACUACAAGUUCAUCCGGAUGUGAAUGA